CGCGCAUUCAGCAGGAAUAAACUGCGCUUCAGAAACAUCCGCGAUUUUUUUCUGGACAACUUGCUGACAAGACAAUGCAGUUCAGUCCACCUGUCAGCAGAGACAGGAUCAUAUCCGCAUUUCCAAAGUGUUAUAAUCCACAAGCUUGCCUGCAAAUGAAGGAUGACUGGAAUGUAGAAGCCAAGGUGGCUUGCCAAGAUCGGACGACUCGUCUGCAAGGGUAUGACAGGUUUAAGAUGUCAAAGGCAGUAGUGGUUGGAGAUCUCAAUGUGGGAAAGACAUGCUUAAUAAACAGGUUCUGUAAAGACGUGUUUGAGAGAGACUAUAAGGCUACUAUAGGUGUUGAUUUUGAGAUCGAGAGAUUUGAGAUGUCUGGGCUGCCUUUUUCUCUUCAAAUAUGGGACACCGCUGGUCAAGAAAAGUUUAAAUGCAUUGCAUCAGCAUAUUACAGAGGAGCUCAAGUUAUUAUCACUGUCUUUGACAUGGCGGAUAUUAAGACCUUGGAAAACACAAAACAGUGGUUGUUAGAGGCGGUGCGGGAAAAUGAACCAGACUCCUGUUUUGUUUUCUUGGUUGGCACAAAAAGAGACCUCCUGUCUACAGAAGAGUGCCAGAGGACCGAGAGGGACGCCGUAAAGAUUGCAGCAGAAAUGAAUGCAGAAUUCUGGUCAGUGUCCUCAAAAACAGGUGAAAACGUCCAAGAGUUUUUCUUCCGUGUGGCUGCUCUGGCUUUUGAAGAUGCUGUCAUGAAGGACCUGGAGUCUGGGACCACCAGCAGCACUCAGAUCGGAGAUGGCAGUAUUCUCAAUGAUAAAACACUGGAAGUCACGCAGGAGAAGCCAAAGAAGAAGAGCUGUUGCUGAUGCUCUAUGGUUCAUGAGGAAACUUGUUGUAUUGAAGAAAAGAAUAAAUGUUUAACACAUUAGAAAAAGAAAAAAAUGUUUUUCUGUGACAAAACUGACGAGCAGUUGGUGCAUCACAAAUGUCCUCUCUGUGAGGAAUCGCCUAACAAUAAGGGACUGAUAUCAGUAUGGUUCAUACUGUAGUAUUAUUGCCAGUAUUUUGUACUGCAGCAUAAACUGCCUUUUAAUGAUUAUAUGUUAUAUUGCGAUCUUUUAUACUUUUUAUUUUGGCAGAUUGAAUAAAAAUGCAUUAUAAUUAA